GUCCUCGCCUUUCCGAGCAUGCAAUUCGGCCGUCGAUCCGAGUAAUUUGAUUGCUAAUUGUGAAUAUGACGUAUGCAGAUGUGAGAACCCGAUCGAUUGCGUGUGUUCGUCUUUCGCCAGCUACUCCAAGCAGUGUGCUGAUAAUGGCAAGAUUGUUAAUUGGAGAUUUGCAGGAUCCUUCUUGUAUCCAUCUUUGAAAGCUUGUGCGAAAAAGUGUGAAAACUCUGGCGAGAUUUUCAAGGAAUGCGGCUCGGCGUGCGAAAGAACGUGUCGUGAUCUAGCACGUGAUGUUCAGUGCAGUGAGGAGUGCAUACCCGGAUGUCAGUGCCCGGAUGGCCAACUUCUGAACGAUGAAAAGCGAUGCAUUCCGAUUGCUCAAUGUCCGUGCCAGUACGAAGGGCAGGAAAUCAAAGCGGGAGAUGCGGUUGAAGUCGGGAAAUGUGAAACUUGCACUUGUACAUCUGGGGUGAUGGCUUGCGUUGAUGAUAGAGAUUGUAAUGAGAAAGGACCAUGUGAAUCUUUCCCCUGCAAAAAUAAUGGGAAAUGCACGGAGAACGGAGCAUUGUUCAAAUGCGAAUGUGUUGGAGAUUUCCAAGGAGAGACAUGUAAUGAGCCGAAACCGCGGCCAUGCGAUUCGUCGCCGUGCAAAAAUAAUGGGAUUUGUAGCAACGAAGGAGCCUCAUUCUCCUGUCAGUGCAGAAAUAAUUUUAUUGGCAGGACAUGUGAGAAAAAACCACCAAAUCCUUGUAUUCCCAAUCCUUGCCUUAACCGCGGUGUUUGUCAUGUGAUCGGAAAUGGAUAUUCCUGUAAAUGUCCUGUGCUCUUUGGCGGCACAAAUUGCGAGGAUGAGCAGUCAUCAUGUAGAGCUGUUGGCGACCCACAUUACACAACGUUCGACAACAGAAGAAUCGAUUUCCAAGGAAAAUGUGAAUAUAUCUUUGCCGAAGAUUGUGGUCCAGCGAAGUCCUUUAGAGUGUGGACGAAGAACUUGGCUUGCGGGCGCUCGGCUGCGUGCGUUUCAUUUGUGAGAAUUCAGAUCGAUGGUGUCGAGAUAAAGUUGACGCGGGAACUGGGAACGGCCAUCGUGAACGGGGCAAAGAUCAAGAAUUUCCCUCUGAAACGAAAAGGUUUUGUUAUUACAAACCCAAGCGUGCGGUGGCUCCACGUGACCACUGAUAUUGGAGUUACAGUGCGUUGGGACUGUCGUCACAGCGUGACAGUGGUCAUCCCCAGCAAGUACAGAGGGAAAACGUGCGGACUUUGUGGCAACAACAAUGGAAACCCCGCGGAUGAUACCAUCAACGCGAAAGACUACCCGUGUGUACCCCCUGUGGGUAGUUGUGUGGCCGCGAACAGCGACGCUGCAAAAAUCGUGGCGAAGUGCGAGCUGAUGAAGAAACCACCAUUUUCCACGUGUAAUGCGAAGGUGAAUCCAAAUGACUUCAUAGCUGACUGCAAAUUCGACGCCUGCAGAUGCAAGGACCCGAUGCUAUGUGUGUGCGAUUCGUUUGCGGCGUACAGUCAGAUCUGCAGCAGAAAUUCUAUCGUGCUUGACUGGAGGUUUGUUGGAAAUACCGUGGCUUCUCUGCCGCUUCCUCAAUGUGUUCAGCAGUGUAAAAUUCCUGGUCAAAUUUUCACUGAGUGCGGUUCGUCAUGCGCGCAAAGUUGUCGCGACUUGUCACGUGUUACGAAAUGCAACGAGCAAUGUGUUCCCGGAUGUCAAUGUCCUCCUGGGUCGGUUCUAAGCGAUCAUGGUAAAUGUAUUUCAAUUUCUGAGUGUUCAUGUGAAUUUGAGGGGAAAACACUCCAACCAGGCGAGAGUACAGAAGUUGGAAAUUGCAAAACUUGCACGUGUGAUAUGGGAGCAGUAAAGUGUGUGAAGGACCGAAGUUGUUCAAACGAAGGUCCGUGUGACUCGUUUCCAUGUCAGAAUGAUGGGAUAUGUUCCGUGAAGGGAAAUUCAUUUUCAUGCAAUUGCCCAAGCGAAUACCAAGGAGCCACGUGCGAAGAGCGAAAGCCAACACCAUGUGAUUCACAGCCAUGUCAAAACGACGGUGUUUGUACCGUCAAGGAUGGCUCGUUCACGUGUGAGUGUCCCGAUGGGUUCAUUGGAACGACUUGUGCAGAUGCAGAAUGCAUGGACACUAAGCUGGACAUUCUCUAUAUAGUCGACGGUUCAGGCAGUGUUAGAGAAACUAACUUUGAAAAGAUCAAAGCAGGACUAAAAGAGAUGAACCAAAAAUUUGCUAUCGGACCUGACAAGGUACGAAUAGCCCUUAUGCAGUUUGGGAGAGCAACUCAAACAAAAAUUGAAUUCAAUUUUGACGAGAAAACCUCUUUGGCCGCGGUUAAUCAAGGUGUUGAUGAUAUGAAAUGGCUUGCAUCGUUGAAAACCGCAACUGGUGAUGCAUUGAAGAGAGCCAGGGAAGGGAUCUUCAACGGCAAAAACGGGGACCGAAGCGAUGCUCCUGAUGUUUUGAUAUUGUUUACGGACGGGAUAGCGACAGAUACGGCUUUGGUUGAUCAGUUUGAGGAGGCAAAGAAGUUAAAGGACGCUGGUGUGAAAAUUAUCACCGUCGCUAUGGGAGGCCAGGAUUUUAUUGACAAAUAUCGGGAAAACCUUCGAAGGUUGGCAAGUGUUGAUGAGAGUACUGACCAAGUACUGCAGUUCGAAGCUGAUUUUGAAAAUUUGAAUAAAAUCACAAGUAAACUUGUCCAAGGCGCCUGCUAGAAGCUGUGUUAUAUACCAACUCACCCACAGCAUAGUGAAAAUGUGCCAUAAUAUAAUAAGCGUUCAUUUUUGUUACCUCUGAAUGGAGAACAUCCUAACAAUUAAUAUACUUAAUACUUAUUGCACUGUUGGAAGCCCGGGUUAACGGACCGAAAGACCUGCAUAAUUAUAACUAACAAAUACAUGCACGUAGUGUUUUCUACAAAUUGAUGAUUUAAGUUAAUCGUUACAUUUUUUUCUGAAUAAAUGCAGUAUCUAUAGUUGA